GUUGGUUACUGCUAGGCUAAUUUCAGUCGGGCUCGGGAAGAAAACCAACAUAGCGGUUUAGGUUAACUAAAUAUUUUUAAAAUAUUAUGUUUUAGUAAUUUUAUUAUUUUUUACAUUAAAAUACAUCGAUGUUUAUUAUUCGUAUACAUUUAUGACUUUUAUUGAAUUUUAAAUAAUAUUUUAACAAUGGCAUCUACAAACUAUUUAACUACGAAACCACAUCUAACAGAAUUCAAAAGCAACGCUGACAAGGAUACAUUAAGUGAGGCUUCCGAAAGUGGCACAAGUAAUUCAGUGACGUCGGCAGAAGAUUUACAAAAGUUAGCGGUUAUACUUGGACUGAAUAGUGCUGAAGAUGUGUACCAAGAGAGAUUUCGAGUGGACCGACGUCGUUUGGAGGGCAUGCUCGCAGAUAAUUUGGAGGAAUCGCAAACGGCUCAAGCUUUUUUUCAUCGGGUAAUGAAUGAAACGAAUACUCUUAUCAACUGGCCAGCGAGAUUGAAAAUAGGAGCUCGGUCCAAAAAAGAUCCUCAUGUUCGAAUCGCUGGUCGAGUUGAUGAUGUUAAGCUUGCAAGAGAGAAAAUUAUGCAACUUUUGGAUACAAGGAGCAACAGGGUCACUAUGAAGAUCGACGUUAGCUACACUGACCACUCGCAUAUUAUUGGAAAGGGUGGUCUGACCAUAAAGCGCGUGAUGGAGGAGACCGGCUGCCACAUCCACUUCCCGGACUCCAACCGCACCAGCACCCUGGAGAAGAGCAACCAGGUGUCCAUAGCUGGCGACAUGGAGAGGGUGGAGCGCGCCAGAGCCCGCGUCAGGGCACUGACGCCGCUGGUAUUCUGCUUCGAGCUGCCCGUAGUAGGGCCUUCACAGCCGCUGCCUGACAUCAACUCGCCCUACGUACAGCAGAUACAGGAGCAGUAUAAUGUGCAGGUGAUGGUCCGCAACCGGCCCAAGCUGCACGCGAACCUGCUGGUGGUGAAGGGUGUGCAGUGGGAGGUGCAGGCUACCAUGGAGGCCACCACGCUGCUCAUGAACUACAUGUGCGGCCAGCUCGCGUUGCAGACGCAAGUCCAGAUGUCGCUGGAGAUAUCUCCCAUCCACCACGCCGUAGUAGUCGGGCGGUACUCGGAGCAGCUGAAGCUCAUCACGCGCGGGACCCACACCCAGAUCAUGUUCCCCGACGCUGACGACCCCAAUGUGCCCGCGCUGCGCCGCAGCUGCGUCACCAUCACCGGCCGCAUCAGAGACGUGUAUAUGGCGAGACAGCAGCUAGUGGGAAGUCUCCCCUUAGUAGUAAUAUUCGACGUGCCUGAGGAAGCGUGUCGGAUGGACAACGAUGCGGUAGCCAAGUUGAUGACGAAACACAACGUCAGCAUCAGCGUGCGUCGGAAACCGAAACAGGGCAUCGCCAGCAUCGUGAUUAAAGGCAUCGAGCGGUGUGCUGGUGACAUUUACGAAGCGCGGCGCGAACUCCUCGGAGGCAAGGAACCUCUCAUCACGGCGGAGAUACCGGAGUCCUACAACAUCCCCUCGCUCACCAACACAAUGCCCAACUUCACCCCAUUCAACCCCUUCUCCCCCAACUCCAACUCCCCGUGCUCCCCCUUCAACCUCCAGAUGGAGUACAACAGCCCCAUGUACCCCCACAAUCCCCCCACUCCAGGAGGCUACACCCCGUUGUCGCCCGUGGCUAUAACCCCCCCGGUUUUCCCAAAUAACUGGAUGGUACCAUCUCCGCAGCCGAGGUCAGGACAGUUCUUCCCGAACCUGAGCCCGAAUCAACCGGUUAUGUAUAAGAAUCAAGCGCCCUGGAAUCCAAUGGCGAAUGGCGGAGAAAUGGUGGGCGGAGCGCCGGGGCCGGUGCCGCAGCCCUACCUACAUGUUGCAGAUGGCAGACCUGUGACACUGAGCCAGCUGCUGAACUCCAGCUCGCAGGCGAGCUCCGGGUACCAGAGCAAUUUCACCGGCAGCUCGGUAUCGCUCGACACGCAGAACGUCUCAGGCGGUGAAGUAUGUAACGUGGGGUCGCCGUCGGUAUCCCCCAUCAGCAAGGCGCACACGCAGAGCCCGACAGCCUCCUCGGAGAAUGAUCGCUCACAACAUGAAAUAGCGUCUAUAAUAUCGGAGUUGCCGCUGUCGGAGCGGCGUGCGGUGGGCUGCGAGAAGAAAACCCUGGAGACCCUCGGCAAACUGUCCCCGCGGGCCGACCUGAGACGCCUGAGAGCUGAGGCUGAUAAGGCGAUGCGCUCCCCGGCCAGCGGGUACCGCGUGCCGACUACUCGCUGGAGCGGCCUGUACUUCAGCCACACCUCGCCCGGACCCAUCACGCUGCCGGACGCCGAGCCCGCCACGGUAACUCCUGAGAAAGGAUGGAACAAGUCAGAUCUGGUACGGCCCAGUAUCGUGGAGCCCGCGCCUGCCCCUGCGGCAGCGCCCUCGCCGGGAGCGAAGCCCUGCCGCUACCAGCAGCUGUACGAUUUGUUGAGAGACGUGGGACUGCAUAAAUAUAUUGAUCUAUUCAAGAAGCACGAGCUGGACAUGUCGACGUUUGCGUCGCUCAGCGAAGCCGACCUCAUCGAGAUCGGAGUAAGCGCGUUCGGUGCGCGCCGCAAGAUGCUCAUGCUUAUUUCCGAGAUGCAAAAGCAGGCGAGCUCGUUCAAGGCCGGCCCACCGAGCGGCAAAAAGCUGAUCAACUCGCCGCCAUACAACACGGCUGCGCUCGCGCAGGACAAGUGGUAGAUAGAUGAUGGUGAUAAGACGGCGCUUAUGUGACUGAAAAUUACAGGCUUUUAGCCAGUAGUGAAGGGCUGCCACAGGUUACUUCAAAAAUGAAAUAGGACAUUCAAAUGUCCCU